CAGGAGACUCCCAACGCCCACGUGUGUGUAACAGUAUGACAUUACAAUGGUCUCGUUUACAGCACAGACAGCCUACUUCACUUGAGCGCCUACAUCAUAAAGGAAGAACAGGCAGAAGACGCUUACGGUCUAUACUUUUCUCACAAGAAUAACCAGACUAUUACUGAAAACAAUGCAAGUGGCUUUAGCAAACAUUCUCAAUCUGUAUAUGAGUAAAAUGAGUAAAAAGCGUUGCCACAACUGAGAUGGUACUUGGCACCCGUUGUAACGAAGGUGGACAAAACGUCAAGGGCAAGAAUUUCUAAGGCGGGUAUAAAAAGGGAGCGCGCGCCUGUCACGGGCGCUCUCGCCCCAGAUUAAAUCCCACGGUUGUCCAAAGCGUUUGGAACCUUUCAAGAUUAGUGAGGGAGCAGACAUGGCCGACUCGCUAAGGAGGUUGGUGAACACAUCUUCCUUCAGCGUUCUACAGGACAAACUUGAGUCCUGGUACAAGGACUACCAUGUCAUCUCCUGUGAUCAGAAUCUGAACAGGUGCUGUGAAUUGGUAGAGCUCACCUCCAAGAUACAGGGUCAACUCUUCACCAUCCUCAACUUCACUGCUAGAGAGGGUGGUCACUAUGCAGGAGUGGAUGUGCUCAAAUCACGCCUGCUGCCUUGGUUGGGGACUUGUUUCUCCAUGGCAACCUCCUCUGUCACCAACGACACCAGCCUCAACCUCAUCCAGGAGUCCGUGGAGAAGGAGAGGAAGAUCAGAGAGCUGUCUGCCUCCCAUGAGAACGACAUGCAGAAGAUGGAGACUCAGCUGUGCUCCACUCACCUACAGCUGGACUCUGUCAAACAGGAACUGGCGGAUGCUCAUCUGCAACUGGACAACACAAAAAAUAUGUCAGCCACAACUCUGCUGGCCACCGAGGAUGAGAUACUACAGCUGAAAGCAGAGUUGCGUGCGUCCCGUGACCAGGUGGAGACCUAUAAGAGGAAGCUGGAUGUUCUGGAUGACUAUGAGAGACAGGUGCGUCUGCUGAGGGAUGAGGUGUCUUUCCUCACAGCAGAGAAGAGCAUGCUGCAGGAGAGGUUGGUGAGGAGUUGUUCCCCCAGCCCCCUGCCCAGACAGAGCCGCCCCUCCAGCCCUCUGAAGAGUGAGUCUCCCACCCGGGCCCAGCUCACCAAUUCGUCCCGCCAUGCCAGGCUGGUGUCCCGCUUCAGUGACUUGUAUGCUGUGGAGCGCCUGGAGGCCCAGAGUCUGCUCCGACGCUACAUAGACGACCUGGAGAUGGUCCAGAGAAUCAUCUUCAUUGCCACUGUGGAGGCCUUCCAGGCAGCCAAGCUGGCCUACCGUCAAUUCAAGUUGAGAGUAAAUAAGACCCUGUCACCCUCCCACUUGGGGCCGGAGUCCCUGGAGGACUCGGUGGUGGACUAUAUCGUCAGGAACCUGGACCUCUACGACGUGCAGGCCAGUGUUAAUGACGUGAUCAACGCCAUGAAUGUAAACCCACGGAUCUCCUUUCCCCCGGAGGUAGACUUUGUCCUGAUCAACAGCUUCAUCCGGGAGACAUGCAGAGUGGCCUUCGCCAUGCAGACACUGGACUCUCCUCUGGACCUGGCUUUCACCAGCGGUGGAGAACUCUACAGCGACAACAAGUAUCGUCGUAGCUAUGACUCUGAGUUUACUGCUCCUCUGGUGGCGUACCAUGUGUGGCCAGCACUGGUGGAGGGGGACGGUGUCAUAGUGAAGGGAGAGGCAGUCACCAGGAGAGGAGCUCUGUGGAGGAGCAGAAGCAGGAGCUGCAGUCCUGUUCGCUCUGGCAGCCCCACACGCACUCUCGGGUUUAGUCGCAGCAGAAGCCCCUCUCCCGGACGUCUCUCCGCCAGUCGCCUGUAAACCCUAACUGACCACUGAGUUACAAAAGGAAAACAAAAUUCUACACAUCGAUUUCAUGUUUGCAACAAAGACAGAUCUUUAGCUUUAA